CUGUGCCCUAGGCUCGUGGGUCUGCGGCCGCAGCGCUUGGCACCGGAGCUCGAGGGGCGGGGGUUGGGGGCGGGCCGGCUGCCGCCAUGGCCGGGAGUCAGGACAUGUUCGACGCCGUCGUGAUGGCGGAUGAUAGGUUUCACGGGGAAGGUUAUCAGGAAGGCUACGAAGAAGGAAGUAGUUUGGGUAUGAUUGAAGGAAGACGGUAUGGCACGUUACAUGGAGCUAAAAUCGGAUCUGAGAUCGGGUGCUACCAAGGUUUUGCUCUUGCCUGGAGAUGUCUCCUGCACGGCUGCACCACUGAGAAAGACAGGGUCCUCGGAUCCCCCUGCCUUUUCCCUGGAGACACAUUUCAUGUGUUUCACAGGUGUCGGAACUUGGGCCACAGCCGUAUGGAAAUGUCAGAGCAGGGAUGCUCAAGACAGUGUGGGUGACUGUGGGGUCGCCUGCCCUCUGACCUGUCCCGUCACUGAGCGCGUGGGAGUUGACCGGAUUCGUCCAUCAGCCGAGGGCCAUCUUGGGGAGAUUUUCCUCUGAAGAUUCAGUGGGAGUGGGCGGGUAGCUGGCGGUCAGGUUGGGACAGUGGUUGGCAGCCCCAGGCGCCACUGGGCGGCUGUCGGAGCGGAGCGUGGCUCCCCACUCCCGGUCCACGAAGGCGGGGUGGAGCGCACGGACUUGGAAUGCUCCAGCAGCCUCCCCUUCUCCCCGCCCCGGGAUCUGCGGCUCACGGAGGGCCCUGCACUGGGUGGGAAGGGUCUCGCACCUGGGGGCUGCCCAUCCGCACCCCAGGGCAGGGAUUCCCUCCCCUCCUAAAGCCGUGCGCCCGGUCCGUCCAUCAGAGGGCCCGGGGCCCGCCGCCCCACCAUCCCCACCCGACUGGCAGAGCCUAAAACCCUUUAUCUUAGAGCAAUGGUUUUUGGAUUUUCUAAGUCUACAGUUUUCCUAAAAAUGGUAGAAGGCGGGCAGAGGAUCUGCUGCUUUAUGUUUCAAGUAAGGAUGUUAAAAGAGAAACACCUGCCACGUGUGUUAUCCUUCAGUGAGCUAAGGGAAUGGUCACACCAGAGGAGCUGUGUGGAGAGCCGUAUCUCAGCCUGAAGGAUGGCGACCUUUCCAUCAGGUGACCGUAGCUUUCUGACCCACCCUGAGACGCUCCUCUGCCCCUUCCGCAGUCGGGUGAAGGCUUUUUCCCUUACACCAGCCGUGAGCGGGUCACACCCUCCUGACACACACUGGCUUUGACCGUGCGACGGGCUGGGUGUGUCUGGAGUAGCUUCACUGACCCGGGAGGGCAGGAAUGACCCGUCGCUGCUUGCAGAGCUGGGAGUGGGUGGUAGUCAUUGUUUCGUGGCCGGUUCAGCCGUUUCCCGCGUGUUGGCAUCUGCCUUGCAACUCCCUGGAAACCAAGUGCUUUGUUGCUUUACUUAACUCGCUCUGGCCUUUUGCAGUUCUAUGUUUUCUCCAAGAGGUGGCCAUCAUAGUUCUUCUAAACUGGUUUAAAAGGCGCAGAUGUGAGCAGGCCCUGGUCACUCUGACUGGCUGUUGCUUCAUCCUAAGGAUGAGUCCUUCAGGAUUCCCAGGGAUCAGAUAUCUGGCGUGCUUCUGACACCCUGGGGAUCAGAUGUGGUGAGGGGAAGGUGGCUCGGCAGGGUCGCUUACCUGUGACCCAGAGGGCACCCACCCGCCCAGAUGAAGCGAGGAGACUGACGUUUAUCGAGCCCCUACUCUGUAGCACGUUCUGGGCUUUAUCCUCCUGAGAGCCUGGGAGGUGGCCGUUAAGGCCCCAUUUUACAGAUGAGGACGCUGAGGCUCAGAGGUGUGAAACACCUGAGUGCCUCGGGGCGGUUGCGCUCCAGGCCGCCCACCAGCUGAGCUCCUCGUCUUCCUGGGAAAGGGAGCCGAACUCAAACACUAGCCACUGGUUUCUGCCCUAUGGAUGGAGGGGCCUUGCCGGUUUACCUGCUGUUAAACUCCCAGAGGCCGUGAGCGUGAAGAUUGCAGAUCCUGGAAAAUGCCCAAGUCCAGAGCAGGCAAGGCUGUGCCCGGCACUCUUUCCCGUCUGCCUCUGUCCGCUCUGGGGUCAGACCUGGGGACCGGGGGUCGGCGUGCUUGUCGGUGUUGCCUUGGCCGCUGGGUCCGGAUGGAGCCGUCCCUGUGAGGUCAGUUCGCUCUUGACGUCCAGAUGCGGGUGCGGGCGGGCUCACGUUGCCAGGUGAGUAAAGGUUGUUUCGUGUGAUGACAAAGUUAGUCACCAGCCCUGAGGCCAGGCACGCUCAGCCCCAGCACUUUAAAGCCGUCGAGCGGCAUCUGUUACGUAAGCUGAGCCUGUUGUGUGCAGAGGACCAAAAGUCUUUAUUUCUG